AUGAAGACUGACUUCAAGUUUUCAAACUUGCUGGGCACCGUCUACUGUCAGGGCAACCUGCUCUUCAGUCCCGACGGCACCCAUCUCUUCUCGCCGGUGGGCAAUCGAGUGACCGUCUUCAAUCUUGUAGAAAAUAAAUCAUACACCUUGCCCUUUGCGCACCGGAAAAACAUUGCUCGAACGGGCCUGACCCCCCGCGGCAACCUGCUUCUUACCGUCGACGAGGAUGGCCAGGCCAUCUUGACAAACGUCCCUCGCAGGAUCCCCAUCUACCACUUUUCUUUCAAAUCGCAGGUCACGGCGCUGGCCUUCUCUCCCUCGGGCAGACAUUUCGCCGUUGGCCUGGGUCGCAAGGUGGAAGUCUGGCAUGUGCCCUCCACACCGGACACAAACUCGGAUGGCGGGCUCGAGUUUGCGCCGUUUGUCAGACACCACAAUCACACUCUUCACUUCGAUACUGUCCGGCAUAUCGAGUGGUCUAGCGACUCGCGAUUUUUCCUCACCGCAUCCAACGAUUUGACCGCGCGGAUAUGGAGCCUGGAUCACGAAGAGGGGUUCACGCCUACCGUCUUGUCCGGCCACAAGCAAGCCGUUAUCGGUGCCUGGUUCUCUCAGGAUCAGGAGACCAUCUACACCGUUAGCAAGGACGGCGCCGUUUUCCACUGGCGUUACGUCAAGCCCCUCCAUCCAAAAGAGGACGAGGGGACGCCCGAUCCUGACGAUGACUCCGACAUGAGAUGGCGAAUCGUCCAGAAACACUAUUUCAUGCAGGGGAGUGCCCACGUUCGAUGCGCCGCCUUCCAUCCGGAGACGAAUCUCUUGGUCGCAGGGCUCUCCAACGGCACCUUUGGACUGUACGAGAUGCCCGACUUUAACAAUAUCCACAAGCUCAGCAUAUCCCAGAAUGACAUCGACUUUGUCACCGUCAACAAAAGCGGGGAGUGGCUUGCGUUUGGAGCGUCCAAGCUGGGCCAGCUGCUGGUGUGGGAGUGGCAGUCGGAGUCGUAUAUUCUGAAGCAGCAGGGCCACUUUGAUUCCAUGAACUCCCUGGUCUACUCGCCGGACGGGCAGCGCAUCAUCACCACUGCAGACGACGGCAAGAUCAAGGUCUGGGAUAUCCGGUCAGGCUUCUGCAUCGUGACGUUUACAGAACACACGAGCGGCGUGACGGCGUGCGAGUUUGCCAGGAAAGGAAACGUGCUCUUCACAGCCAGCUUGGACGGCUCCGUCCGAGCGUGGGACCUGCUCAGGUACCGGAACUUCCGCACCUUCACGGCGCCGACGCGAUUGUCCUUCUCCUGCAUGGCCGUGGACCCCAGCGGCGAGGUUGUCGCAGCGGGCUCCCUGGACUCUUUCGACAUCCACAUCUGGUCCGUGCAGACGGGCCAGCUACUGGACCAGCUGUCAGGGCACGAAGGGCCCGUAUCAGCCUUGGCGUUCUCGCCCAAUGGCGACUCCCUGGUCAGCGGGAGCUGGGAUCGCACGGCGCGGAUCUGGUCCAUCUUCAGCAGAACGCAGACGAGCGAGCCGCUUCAGCUGCAAGCCGACGUGCUGGACGUUGCCGUGCGGCCCGACUCCCUCCAGCUCGCCGUGUCGACGCUCGACGGCCAGCUGACGUUCUGGGCCGUGGCGGACGCGGAGCAGGUGGCCGGCCUGGACGGGCGGCGGGACGUGUCUGGCGGACGCAAGUUUGGCGACCGCAGAACAGCGGCCAACGUGUCGGGGACCAAGAGCUUCAGCACGAUACGCUACAGCACCGACGGGAGCUGCCUCCUGGCGGGCGGCAACAGCAAGUACAUCUGCCUGUACUCGGUGACGACGAUGGUCCUGCUCAAGAAGUUCACCGUCAGCGUGAACCUCUCGCUCUCGGGAACCCAGGAGUUCCUCAACAGCGGCCGGCUCACCGAAGCCGGGCCCGCGGACGAGAUGGACGACCAAGGCGAAGCGUCGGACCGGCAAGACCGCGCAGACUCGCGCCUCCCGGGCUCCAGGCGAGGAGGCGGCGACCCGUCGGCGCGCAAGAAGCUCCCGGCCGUGCGGGUCAGCAGCGUGGGCUUCUCGCCGGCGGGGACCGAUUUCUGCGCCGCGUCAACAGAGGGCCUGCUGAUCUACAGCCUCGACAGCGCGGUCGAGUUCGACCCGUUCGACCUCAGCAUGGAAAUCACGCCCGCGGCCACGCUGGGGGUGCUGGAAGCCGAGGGCGACUGCCUCAAGGCCCUGGUCAUGGCCUUUCGCCUCAACGAGGCCGGCCUGAUGAAGCGCGUGUUCCAGGCGGUCCCGGCGCCCGACGUGGCCCUCACGGUGGCCGGCCUGCCGACCGUCUACGUGCCGAGGCUGCUGCGGUUCGUGGCCGCCCAGGCCGACGAGUCGCCCCACAUGGAGUUUUGCCUGUUGUGGAUCAAGGCGCUGGUCGACAAGCACGGCGCCUGGCUGGCUGCCAACAGGGGCAAGGUGGAUGUCGAGCUGCGAGUGGCGGCGCGCGCCGUGGCCCGGAUCAAGGACGAGAUCCGGCGGUUGGCCGACGAGAACGCGUACAUGGCGGAUUACCUGCUGGGCCAGGCGGGCCGGGCGGGCCAGAGGGGACUGGAAGCGACGGACAAGAGCGCCAGGCUUGUCGGGGCCGACGAGGCGGCGAUGGAGAUGGACGCGCGGGUCGAAGGCGACGACGAGUCGCAUGAUGAUGAUGAUGAGGAUGAGGAUGAAUGGCUGGGAUUGGAAUAG